AUGCUCAUUGUACAGGUAAACAAAUAUACUGUGAAAACCUAGAAAAUUUGACUUUUCAGAAAAGCCGCCGGACGAUUCGACUCACUGGACAUUUCGACCAAAUAAAGGAGGAUUUUUUGAAAGUCAGUUUUUUGAAAUAUAAUUUUUAUCCGAAACUCGAGAAAAAAUUUAUGACGGGAAAAAUGUGUGACCACUGAUAACUUGCCAGUCACCGAAGAUUUUCAAUGAGACAUAUUUUCUACAGUUUUUCACGCAGAGAAAUAUCUCGUUUUUAGUUUUUGGUGCGCAACUCUCUGAAGAGCACAAAAAUAAGCCCAAAAUCGAGAAUUUUCUGAAAAACGCGUUUUCUAGGGUCCAUGACUCAUGUCAACGAAAAUUUUAUCAAAAACUAAGCAUAUGACAAUGUUCAGUACGGUCGAUUCACCAAAGUCAAAAUUAUUGACAGAAUUUUCCAAAAAUUUUCGAAAUGGAUCAGCCUAUUUUCUAACAAGGGAAGUGAUUUAGGCUCUGAAAUUAACUUUUGAUGAAACGUAGUGAAAUAUAGUAUUUGUGCUGAACACGAUCCCGAAGUCAAAUAUUGCUAUAACGAACUCUGAGCCAUUUUUGGAGCUCCAAACUUUUCAUUUUUUGCACACUCUCCGACCUUUUUUGGUGUUUGUCUGGCGGUUAAAUUACACCAAGCUCCAAAAGAUGGCUCAGAGUGCGUUAUAGCAAUUUUCGACUUCGGGAUCGUUUUCAGCAUGGUCGAAUUACUAUAUUUCACUAUGUUUCAUCAGAAGUUAAUUUCAGAACCCUUUUUACUUCCCUUGUAAGCUACAAAUUAAAAAAAAACAUAGAUUUACUUAUCGAAAAAUUGCGACUUGGAUAAGUCGACCCUCCUGAACAACGUCAUUAUUCAGUGUCGAUAAAAUAUUUUUGACAUGAGGACUGCGUUUUCUUAAAUUUAAAAACUGCGUUUUCUUAAAUUUAUCCAACUUUUUGCACUUUUUGUCACACCUCGGCCAAUCUGUGGCUGGCCGGAGUACACUUUUGAAAAAUUUUGAAUUGCAGUUUUCAGAGGUCAAAAAUUGACGAAUUCAGAGUUUUUAGAGGUCAAACACUGAAAAAUUCACAGUUUUCAUACUGUAAAAAGUUCACGUACAAUUUCUUAUUUUGAAAACCAUGAUUUUGGCCGAGGUGUGAUUUUUGUUGAGCAGCAAAAACUGAAAACUUGAUCUUUGUGAGGUACUUAAUUGACACAUGAGCUCAUCCCUGAAGGAUACUUUCGGCAUCCUUAAAGGACCCUUUUUCCAACUGCGUUUGUAAUCGAUAUAAAUUGGCGACGUGGCAACUACAAAUUGACACGUUUCAAUUGUCAUUCCGAAAAUUCGAAAGGUGUUUAUUGUCUACAGAAUGACGAUGAGAAAAUCGUAUCGGGACUCCGCGACAAUACCAUCAAAAUAUGGGAUCGAAAAGACUAUUUGUGUCGAAUGACGUUGACCGGACAUACGGGAAGUGUUUUGUGUUUGCAGUAAGAUAAUCGGGUCAUUAUUUUGGGUAUGUUGGGAUUUUAGGGGAAAUUUGAAUUUUUGAAAAGAUUUGGAGCUUUUGGAGACCAAACUUAUGUGGUUUUCAUGGAAAAUUGAAUUUUGGGAGAGAUUUGAAGCUUUUUGAGACCAAGUUCGGCUGAUUUUGAUGAAAAUGGGUAUUGCUCAUGUUAAUUUUUUUGACACCAGAUUUGACCUAUUUUCAAUAAAAAUUCAGCAUUGCUUAUGUUAUUUUUUGAAUUUUUCAUGAAAUUUGGAGCUUUUCGACACAUACAUUGAUAUAUUCGGAUGAAAAUUUGAGCAUUGCUCAUGUUAGUUUUGGAAUUUACUCUAUUUCAAUGAAAAUUGAGCAUUACUCAUGUUAAUUUCUCCAUUUUUUUCAACUCCAAAAAUAAUCGAUUUUGGUGUCGAAAUACUCGAAAUUUCAAUAUAACGGCAAUAAUUAACAUGAUCAAUGCUCAAAAAAAUUUUAAGUGGCAAAAUUUCACCCCAAAUUUUAUCCAGGUUCAUCAGACGCCACAGUACGUGUUUGGGACGUGGAAACCGGUGAUUGUCUCAAAACUCUGAUUCAUCAUUGUGAAGCUGUUCUUCAUUUGAGAUUCAGCAAUGGAACUAUGGUCACUUGGUGGGUUUUUCGGGGGAUUUCAACGAUUCUCGAGGGCUCCAUGGGAUUUCUGAGAUCCUAGCGAGAAUUUUGAGCACAAACAGGGUAUAUUUUGGUGCUUCUCAGAACCUAGAAAAUCUUAAAAAUCACCGAAAUCCCAAUUUUUGGGCUCAAAAUGCUUCAUUUUUAUUGAACCUUAUGAAAAUUCACAAUUCGAGCUCAAAAUAAUCCAUAGAGCUUCAGGAACCUGAUUUUAAUAUAGGUUAAGCUCUAAACUUCCACCAGCUUUUAAAUUACCCAGAAAAUUGUGAGAUUCAUCAAAACUUAUCAUGUUUGGGCUCGAAAUGCUUCAUUUUCACUGAAAAACUCAAAAAUCACUAUUUAUAGCUUAAAAUUUGAUUUUGAAUUCCAAGAACUUAAUUUCACCCUAGAAAACUUCGAAGUGCUGUAAAAUUUUUCACAGCUUUUCAUAUUUGGAUUCAAAAUCUUCCAUUUUCACUGAAUCUUCUGAAAAUCCCGAUUUCCAGCUCAAAAGAUCGAUCAAUAGCCGUCUGGGACAUGGUCUCGGCACGAGAAAUCAAUAUUCGCCGAGUUUUGGCCGGACAUCGAGCCGCUGUAAAUGUUGUCGAUUUCGAUGAUCGCUAUAUUGUCAGUGCCAGCGGAGAUCGAACAAUCAAAGUUUGGUCGAUGGACACGCUGGAAUUUUUGCAAACUUUGUCCGGACAUCGAAGAGGAGUCGCUUGUUUACAAUAUCGUGGAAGAUUGGUUGUUAGUGGAAGUAGUGAUAAUACUAUUAGGUGAGUUUUUUGGGAAAUUUGCCAAAUUUUGACAUAAAAUUCAAUGAUUUUGGCCAAAAAUAACCCUAGAGUUGAUUUUCCUGAUUUUUAUGAGAUUCCUGGAAGAAUUUCAGGAAUUUUGACACCCAAUUUAGUAUAUUUCGCACAAAUUAUCAUUUUUGAGCUCUUUCGAGCUCUAAUUCUUAACCUUUUUGAAACUUUGGCUUUUUUGGGAUUCCUGAGAGAAUUUUAGGAAUAUUGAUAUAGAAUUUGAUAUAUGGCUCGAAAAUAAGGAUUUUUGAGCUCUGUGAAGCACUGAUUCUUGAUUUUCCCUGAAAGUUUGGAUUUUUUGAGGUUCCUGAGAGAAUUUCACGAAUUUUGAGAUGGAUUUUGAAUUACGGCUAAAAAUUGUGAUUUUUGGGAUAUUUUGAGCUCUAAUUCUUGAUUUUUCCAAAAAUUUUGGAUUUUUUGAGGUUCCUGAGAGAAUUUCACGAAUUUUGAGAUGGAUUUUGAAUUAUGGCUCAAAAAUUGUGAUUUUUGGGUUAUUUUGAGCUCUAAUUCUUGAUUUUUCCUAAAAAUUUGGAUUUUCGGUAGAGAUUGCUCCAAAAGCUCCCAAGAUUCUCAAAAACACAUUUUUGCUCCAGACCUAACUAAAUUUGUGCUCAAAAUGCUCCUGGAGCCUUCAGGAUUCUGAAAAUCACAUUUCUGGUCCAAAACUGUCCAAAUUUGGGCUCAAAAUGCUCUUGGAGAUGUCAGGAUUCUGAAUAUCACAUUUCUGGUCCUAAAUAUAUCAUAUUUGGGCUCAAAAUGCUCCUGGAGUCUUAAGGAUUCUGAAAAUCACAUUUUCGAACAGAAACGAACUGAAUUUGGGCUCUAUUUGCUCCUGGAGCUGUCAAGAUUCUGAAAAUCUCAAUUUUUUUCUAAAUUCAGUCGAAUUUAGGCUCAAAAUGCUCCGAAAGCCUUCAGGAUUCUGAAAAUCACAUUUUUUUUCAAAUUUAGUCGAAUUUGGGCUCAAAAUGCUCCCCAAAACCCUCUAUUUUUUGCAGACUUUGGGAUAUCCAUUCUGGAGUAUGUUUACCAGUUCUCGAAGGUCACGAAGAAUUGGUCCGAUGCAUCCGCUUUGAUGAUAAACGCAUCGUUUCCGGAGCCUACGACCGAAAAAUCAAAGUUUGGGAUUUGAAAGCGGCGCUGGAUCCGCGAAGUAUGCCCGGCGAUAUUUGUCUUUCGUCACUCAUGCAACACACUGGCAGAGUAUUCCGAUUGCAAUUUGAUGAUUUUCAAAUAGUUUCGAGCUCACAUGAUGAUACCAAUUUGAUUUGGGACUUUUUGGAUGCGCCGAUUGAAGGAACACCACCGACUGGUGUGAGUUUUCCAGAUUUUUAGCUCCAUUUUGAGCUCAAACAUGACUAGAUUUGAAAAAUCUGAUUUCUAGCUGAAAUUUCAGAUUUAUAGCUCCAUUUUGAGCCCAAAUAUGACUAAACUUCGAAAAAAUCUGAUUCCUAGCUGAAAUUUCAGAUUUUGAGCUCGAUUUUAAGCCCAAACAUGGCUUUACUUCAAACUAUCGAUUUUGAGCUAAAAAGUCGGAUUUUCAGCUUCAUUUCUGAGCAUAUCUAGAUUUGAAAAAUCUGAUUUUUUGCAUUAUUUUGAGCAUAAGAAGAAUCAUUUUUGGUUUCGAGCUGAAAUUUUAGAGUUCUAGCUCCAUUUUGAGCCCAAACAUGCCUCAAACAUGCCUGAAAAUUCGGAAGUUUUGCUUUAUAUUGCGCUCAAACAUCUCUAAAUUUGGAAAAAAUCAGAUUUUAGCUCUAUUUCGAACCCAAAAAUGGAAAGUCUCUUGAAAUUUGCUCUUCUUUUGAGCCUAAACAUGACUAUGAUAUUUUUUCCGCAAUCUUCCGCGCGGAAUCGGCUAAAGCGAAAAGUCAUUAUUUUUUCAGAAUGCCCGAAUCAAUCAAGUCCGUCACCUGCAACAACAACAACAGCAACAAAACGGCGGCGGAGACGCGGACAACGUGAAUCCGGUGGCAAACAUGCGCUUCCUUCAAGAAAUUUUGGGUGAAGCGGCAGCCGCUGCAGCUCCGCAAGCCGCCGCACCGCAAGCCGCCGACAACGACGAGGAGAGCAGCUCGAAUGCGGAAGAGAAAGACGAUGAGGGACGAUUGCCGGGAGCGGUGUUCCGCGCUGCCGCCGCAAGACCGCGACGUCGACCACAAGCUGUUCCGCGAGAAGCCGCAAAUAAUCCGCCUGUGGUGAGAAAUAUAAAUCCAUAUGUGGUAAGAGUUUUUUUUUGGGCGCGAUUUUUGAAUUUUCAAAUUUUUUUUGAUAUCAAAAAACGUGAAAAUAUGAGACUUUCAGCAUUUUUUAGCUGAAAAUCCCGCAUUUUCAGCCAAAAUCUGAAAUUUUCAGCCUGACAAUCAUUUAA